AAUAGCCUUUGAUCCAAUGGGAAUAACAGUGUUUCUCGAAUGGUCAAUUCUUAUUUUUCCCCUUUAUUUACACUUUUAUUAAACCUCGUGUUUUGUGCUUCAAUGAUCAUCAUUAUCAAGGUUAACAAUUCAACAUGAAUCUCUUCAGUUAUGGAAUCCUUUUCAAAAAGAUUGCUUGGUGAAUACAUAUGUGUCCAACCAUUCAACGUGAUGAAACGAAACUGGUCAAGCUUCAGACUGAAAGAUCAUUGACUAUUUGAGUUUUGCAUAGAGAGGAAAGGUUCACUUACUUGAGAUGGUCAUAAUGAAUAUUAUAAUAAUGACAGACUGACCUUGGACUAAUACAAAAAGUGGUUUUGUUUAAUUAACAGAAACGAAAGAUAUAUAUUGAAAGCGAAGAAAAGUGAAAAGAAUUAACCUGAAAACGUUAUGAUUAAGCUCUACAGUUAUUACUGCAUUCAUGGCCAGUCCAACAAAUUAUCAACAGGCGCAAGAGAAUCAACAAUAAUAACAACAACCAAAAAACAUCGACAACAGUUAUCACAAUAAUGAUAUGGAUACUUUUUUUGUUUCUUCAAGUAUUCUUAGCCUUGGCUAAUGACUAUGCAGAUAUAUAAAUUGUUACCUGAGGAUGAAUACUUGCUCAUUAUAACUACUAUUGUUAAUAUCAUUAAUGCAAUUGAAACAAAGCCUGUGAAUUACAAAAUGGUUAUGUAACCGAGCUACUUCAACGACUUCUCCACCUAUUCAUUAAUGCUGGAUUCAAAUUGUAUUGACAAAUGAGACUGAACCGGAUUCAAUAAAAUAUUCUGUUUGAAUUGGACAAGUAGCAACAAGCCAAGCCUCACGUUAAGCUGUGAAUAAAGAAUCCGAUUCAUCAAUUUACUUUACUGAAACUUGAUAAUCUUGCCGGGAAUCUACUUAUUGGUUUUUUAUGAAGAUGGACCAGCAAUUGCUAAUUUAAGCUUGGAUUCAAGUUACGUUGGCUCUUACCUAUUCAUGUAAAGAAAAUAUUGAAAUUAUUGUACAAGAAAUCUCAAGAGAUUGAAUGGACGGUCGAAUGAGCAUGAAAAUUUUAAAAUUCAUCCCAUUUAUCUGAUGGACAAGUUUAAUUUAUUCAACCAUCGAACAAAAGCUUGUUGAACGAGUUUGAUGGAGAUCCUGAUGAGCCAAUACAACAAAAGAUCAUCUUAAUCAUAUGGAGAAAAAUCAAAAUGAAUUCAGAUCGGACAAGGACCAUUGCCUUUCACUGUGAAGUAGCAAAGGUAGACAAAAUGUUGGAGAUUGAAAAAGCAGGAUUGGGGAGGACUGUUUGCGGAAAGUGAGAGUCCGUAAGAAAUUAAAAGUUGCUGAUGAUGAAAAGAAUAAAAGUGAGUGAGUAACUGAGGAAGAGAAAAAAAAGAGGAGGAGGAAAGAGAGUAAUAAUAAGAAACAAAUUUACAGACAGACUGAAAAGAAGUGAGAAGAAAGAAAAGAAGAAAUGAGAAAAAUGUUCGGACUGGUUAAGUGUUUAGGUGUUGGUAGCUUUUUACGAUUCGAGUUUUUGGUUAUCCCGAGACUUCACUAAAACUUCAUCACCAUCAUCACUUCCAUCAUCAUCAUCAUCAUUACAUCUUCAUCUUUAAUCAUUCAUCUAUCUACCUGUUAUUAUAAUUAUUUAACGCGUGAUUAUCCUCUCAUCCUGAAGAGAUAGUAUUGUGUACUUCAACGAUUCUUACAAUUAAUAUUCAUAUUCAUUUUCAUCCUGGUUUUCCAUCUCAAUCAGACUCACCUUGUUACAAGGGUCUAAUCUAGAUAUGCGUUAUCCAUCGGUUAACAGGUGUCUACAUUGUUUCCUUACUGUUACCACCAUCAUCUUGAUUGCCUGCAGUUCAUUUUCAUUUGGUUAUUAUCAAUCAAAUGGUGUUCAAUCGUCCAUUCAACCUGGUCUCUGGAGAAGUAGUUUAUCUCAAAGCAGUUACUAUUAUGCUGAUUAUAAAGUUCCCAUGGUUCCACCUCAAAAAGAUAAACGAUUUAUUCCAGAUCAUCCAGAAUGUCCUGAUUCAGGUGGUACAUUGUGUAAAGAUGUUCCCAAUUAUCCCAUCGAUCACAUUUACGAUGUAAUUAAGUCGGCUCGAGCAAAUGGAUUCAAUUUCACCAGUUUGUUUGUCGAUGAAAGUAAAGGUGAUUUGGAACCUAAUUUAACUGUUCCAGUUCCCGUUCCUGUGUCAAGGGAAAAGCCUCAUGUCAAAAGCUACAUUGUCUACCAAACCUCACUUCAAUAUGAUUAUUUACCUCAUCAUCCGUACCAGGAAACUCACCACCAAGGCUUUUCGCUGCACUCCCAUCAAACCUAUCAACCCCAAGAUGAGAAUCAGCAUCAACUAGCUGACAGUUACAAUGAUCACCAGUCAUCUGGUUGGGAUAACUUUGGUCUUGACUCGAUACCACCACCACCGCCUGUACCACAAUCCCCAUCAUCGUCCUCUUCACCACCGUUGGGAGUAUCACCGUCAUCCUUAUUGUCACCACUGCCAUCUUCAUCUUCAUUGGAUCGGUUUGCUCAUCACAAAAGAUUUGCUGUCAAUCCAUGGAAACCAAUUGUUCGAUUGGCCAAUGUUACCUCAAUUUACGCACAGCGUCAUCGAAGACGAAGACGAUCUGUGGCUCGGCAACAGUCAUUAAAAAGAGUAAAGCGCCAAUCUAAUAAUAUCGCUAAUUCACUGGAAGGUGAAGAAGUUUGUCGGACAAGGACAAUGUUUCUUUCACCCAGAGCAGCUCUUAAUGAUAAAUCUGAAUGGAAAUAUGUUGUCAAUUUAGCGGAAAAAGAUGCAAAUCUUAAACAAGUCAUCAAAGUUGAUGUUUGUCAACAAGCUAAUUCACCGUGUUCAUCAUCGAUUUCCCUUCCAUUUGGUUUUAAAAGCAGAUGUAAACAAAAAUUUAUCAAGAAAAAACUUCUCUCCCUGGAUCCUGAUGGGUCGAGUACUUCAAGUGAAAAUUUUUUCGUGCCAUCAUGUUGUGUCUGUGAAAUCGUCAAUCAAUUGAGAUGAAUCAAGUGGUGAUCUAAAUUUUGCUUCUUCCAGUUUUCCUGUCCUUCAUUAAUUACAAUAAAAACAAUGUUUGUCAAUUACUCGCCACCGUGAUCAUCAUAAAAGCCAUCAUUUAUGAGCAAAAACUUGAAACUCCACUGAAAUACAAAUUAGAGGAUUUACCACCUUUUUGCCCUCAUCUCAUCAAUUUUUGUUGUUGAUUAAUCAACAAAUAGACUGUACAAAUAUCACUAUCACUAGAUAUGUACCAUGUUUUUUAAUUUUAUAUCAAUUCAGCCAUCAAUCGUCAUCAAUAGCAUCCAUCAUCCAUAUUGAGACUGUUUGUUCACAAGGCAACCAUUGAAGGACAAAAUGAUGACUCGAAAAAUGAAUCUCAAUAAUGGACCCAGUUGCGAACAAUGGAUUUUCCGAAUCAUUUUACAUGAGUGUAAAUCUUGACUGAAGGAUUGACUUCGAUUGAAAUACAAUGUCGACACGAUUGGAAUCAAUGAUCGACAAAAAUCUUUCUAAUCCAUCAUGUAAAUGGGCACAACCUUACGAUUCUCAUCCUAGCUGAACCCUAUUUAAUACAACUUCUUAUUUUACUCUAUUAAUCUCUUUUUUAUUCCUGUAUUCAUUAAAUUGAAUUAUAGC